GGUAAAAACACACAUGUCUUACAUUGUCAAAGACUUCGAUUACAUACAUAUACACACAGAUGUACAUCGAGUUUGAGUCCAUACUGUACUCCAAUGAAGACGAGUCCAUCACUUCUUCUUCUUCUCUUGGCUAUUGCCACCACACUCUCAGUUUAUGCUGCCAAGUCGAAGGAUGUUACUGAACUUCAGAUCGGGGUCAAGUUUAAGCCUCAGUCUUGUGACAUCAAGGCCCAUAAGGGUGAUAAAAUCGGAGUACAUUACCGGGGAAAACUCACUGAUGGAACUGUGUUUGAUUCUAGCUUUGAAAGGGGUGAUCCCAUAGAGUUCGAGCUUGGUACCGGUCAAGUGAUUAAAGGAUGGGACCAAGGACUCUUAGGUAUGUGCGUGGGUGAGAAGCGAAAGUUGAAAAUACCCGCUAAACUUGGUUAUGGAGCACAAGGUUCCCCACCCACCAUCCCAGGUGGUGCAACACUUAUAUUUGACACCGAACUCGUCUCUGUCAAUGGAAAGCCAUCAACAGGCAAUGCAGAUGAUGAAGUUGAAGAAGAUAGUGAAGAACUAUAAUCAGAGAGUACUCUUGACAUUUAAGUUUCUUGCUAGUUAAGUUUUUUUGUAUUCCAAUACAACUGUUUGUACCUUGAGCCGUUCGAUUAAGUACUUGCUAGCUUUUUUCUUGUAUGAUGCCUUGAUUAGCAUAUUCUAAUUCUCAUGAGCAUUUAGUUUC